AUGGCGACUGCGAUACCCUCCAUAGCCUGCCUAGGCGUCAUAGGCCGAAAUAACAACCCCCUCCACAUCUCCAUCUUCCCCUCCCACGACCCGGCCACGAAUACGCUCAAGCCGAUCCGCACGCCGCUGCAGUUCUCGCUCCUCCUGUCCUCGACGCUCGACAUCUUCGACCUGCGCGCCAAGCACUCGGCCGUCGGAGGGGGCGGCGCAACCUCGGGCGGCGGUGGCGGGGCUGGCUCGCUGUCGGGGGACUAUGGCCUGCUCCACGCCGUGGACGAGAGGCUCGCCGCGUACGGGUACGAGACCAACACGGGGGUCAAGUUCGUCGUGGUGGUGGACAUGCGGGGGCGGCGCAUCGACAGCGCCGCCCUGCCGUCCUCUGCCUCGUCGACGUCGGGCGCCGCAGGCGCAGGCGGCAACACCUCCACCUCCUCGGAAGACGCCAAGGGGUCCGGUGGUGGUGACGGCGGCGGCGGCGGCGGGAUCAGCGCGGCCGCGAGGAGGGGCGCGGCGGCGGUGGUGGGCCUGCGCGAGGGCGACAUGAAGCCCGUGUUCCGCGCCAUGCAGACGGCGUACGUGCGGCUGCUGCAGAACCCCUUCUACGAGCCCGACGAGCACGCGCCGCUCACGGGCCACGGGGGCAAGAGGAUCGUGUCGAGGCGGUUCGGGGCGGACAUGCGGCGCAUCGGGGAGGGGUGGACCGUUGGGGUCACGAGUCUGUGA